AUGGACAUUGGGGGCAAUGGUGGUGUUGCACUGGAGGGAUGGUUGUUGGGACCUCGGACCCGCCAUCACUGUAAUACAUCGGUGAACAUCGCGUCCUGUCAAGUUCAGGAUCGCAUUGUCGGAGGAAAUACCGCAUCUAUCCAGAAUUAUCCCUGGCAAGUGAACCUGAGGUACCAGUACGCCCCGGCAUGUGGAGCCUCCAUAAUCUCCAAUCAGUGGCUUCUGACGGCGUGCCAUUGUUUCCCAGCGGAGCAUGCAGUGUCAGAUUACGACGCCGUCGUUGGAACCACCAACCUGGAUUCCACCGAUGCCAACUCCCAGAGCGUGCUCAUCGACUCCGUUAUCAAAAACCCAUCCUACAAUGAAGACGCCUUUUCGGGGGACAUCGCCUUGGUCAAGCUUAAGACCCCGCUGACUAUGGGCCCCGGUGUGGGCAUCAUCAGCUUACUGGCGGCUGGCGUCCAGAUCCCGGCUGGCCUUACUUGUUAUGUCACCGGAUGGGGCAGCAUCAGGAACGGAGUUUUACUCCCAAACCCCAAACCCCUGCAAGUGGGAGGCGUGCAAGUCAUCAGCUCCAGGACCUGCCAGUGUCUGCACUCCAUUAACCCCAGCAAAAGCGACGCCAUAACAACCAUCCAAUCAGACAUGAUCUGCGCGGGGAGCAAAGAGGGCAAAGUGGAUGCCUGCCAGGUACACUCGGGGGGACCCCUCUCUUGCAACAUCAACAACAAGUGGUACCAGAUUGGCGUGGUCAGCUGGGGAGACGAGUGCGGCGCAGUCAACAGACCCGGAGUCUACAUCCUGCCCAGCGCCUACAUUGACUGGAUCCAAUCCAACGUCCCCGGCUGCCGAGUAGAAUCCAUCACCAUAGACAAGCAACCCAUCCCGGACGAAGAGCUCGGCUGCCAGGGAGCGGACGGGAACUACUACCCCUACAAAGAAAGAGACUACGCUAUUUGGCAUUUGAAGGGCCAGUCCAGGUUCCCCUGCAGCGCUGGUACCUGA